AUGUGUAAUAAAACAUUGAAAGAUGUACUAGAGGAAAGACCGUGUGCACAAAGAUGCGAACAUGGUACCUACGACAUUAAAAAAAUAUGUCAUUGUCAACAGGGAUAUGGUGGUCAAUGUUGUCAAACAGAUUUGGAUGAAUGCAUUUCUUCUCCUUGUAAACAUGGGUUAUGUAAAGAUCAUUUGAAUGGUUAUACGUGCACUUGUCAAGCUGGAUUUACAGGAACUUAUUGUGAAAUUGAUAUAAAUGAAUGCAAAUCAUCUCCGUGUCACCACGGAACUUGUCAAGAUAAUAUCAAUGGGUAUUCCUGCACGUGUAAUCCUGGAUACACUGGAACCAUCUGUGAUAUUGAUAUAAAUGAAUGCAAUUCAUCUCCUUGUCACACCGGAACCUGUCAAGACAAUAUUAACGGAUAUUCCUGCACAUGUAAUCCUGGAUACACGGGCACUAACUGUGACCUGGACAUAAACGAAUGCAAUUCGUCUCCUUGUCACCAAGGUACCUGUCAAGAUAAUAUUAACGGAUAUUCUUGCACAUGUAAUCCUGGAUACACGGGCACUAACUGUGACCUGGAUAUUGAUGAGUGUGGUUCUAAUCCGUGUGACCAUGGGAUAUGUCAGGACCAAAUAAACGGAUAUUUGUGUACUUGUACAAAAGGAUACACGGGAGACAACUGUGAAACAGAUAUCGAUGAAUGCAAACCAUCACCAUGUCAUCAUGGUACUUGUCUUGAUCAUAUCAAUAGAUAUUCUUGCACGUGUGAUCCUGGAUAUACCGGAAGUGAGUGCAAGUUGGAUUUGGAUGAAUGUCUUUCAUCACCAUGUAAAAAUGGCACUUGCCAGGAUCACGUUAAUAGAUAUACAUGCACCUGUAAUGUUGGAUUUACUGGAAAUAACUGUGAAAAUAAUUUUGAUGAAUGCGUAUCAUCACCAUGUAAGCAUGGAACCUGUCAAGAUCACGUAAAUGGUUAUACAUGUGUCUGCAAUGUCGGAUUUACUGGAAUUAACUGUGAAAAUAAUUUGGAUGAAUGCGUAUCAUCACCAUGUAAACAUGGUUCCUGCCAAGAUCAUGUAAAUGGAUAUACAUGUGCCUGUAAUGCCGGAUUUACUGGAAAUAACUGUGAAAAUGAUUUGGAUGAAUGCGUAUCCUUACCAUGUAAACAUGGUACUUGUCAAGAUCACGUAAAUGGUUAUACAUGUUUCUGUAAUGCCGGAUUUACUGGAAAUAAUUGUGAAAACAUCAUAAAUGAGUGUUCCUCCUCUCCUUGUAAACAUGGACAGUGUCAGGAUCAAAUCAAUGGAUAUUCUUGUAGUUGUAAUACAGGAUAUGCUGGAAUUAACUGUGAAGAUGUAUUGUAUGAGUGUAUUGGCAUGGAUAACUACUGCGUUCAUGGUCAGUGUUACAACACAUCAGAGAGUCAACUGGUUUGUCAUUGUCACAAUGUAUACACAGGAGAUUAUUGUGACAAAAUGAAACCAUGGAUCGCUGUUAUGAUAACGCUGGUUGUUUUAGGUGUUUCAACUGUUGCAGUUAGUCUUGUGUGGAUUCAUUAUCCGGUGUUGAAAUUGAAGUUUAUGAAUAGAUUUCGCCCUAAAGUCAAGGAUUCAACACAAUUGCAAGAUUCAGGACAAAGACCAGCAAACUCGAAGAGAAUAGCCUACUGCUAA